UUCAAGCUGCAGAGCUGCAGCUGUCAGGAUUUAUUAAUACCUUCUGGUGGGGGAUUGUUGGUAGUAUGUAACAGAACUUUAGUGUUUCUAUCUGGGACUAUUUGAGCUCAUUUCAGGGGAAAAUCCAGUGGAUAAAUCUUUUUAUAUCUCCUCCUUUAUUGAAAGGCCAAGAAAAAAGAUUCAGUAUUGUAUCACAUGAAAUGGACAUGAUACCAUCACAAUGUAAUCAUCUGAUAUCUGCUGAAUUAACAAGGAAACCAGAAUACAAGGAAGAUAAAAAUGAAGAUGAACAGACAGUUGCAGAAAUCAUGAGAAGACGUUUUUCUCCUGCUGUUGUAACUAACAGACCCUGGGAAUGUUUUCACUUUGCUGGCCAUGAGAUAAAAAUUACAGAAGCCACUGAAUGUUAUGGGGCAGUAGUCUGGCCAUCGGCUCUUGUUCUAUGUCACUUUUUGGAAACAAAUGCUAAACAAUACAGCCUGGUUGAUAAAAGUGUAAUUGAAAUUGGAGCUGGAACAGGGCUGGUCUCCAUAGUAGCCACUUUACUUGGUGCACAUGUGACUGCCACAGAUCUGCCUGAAGUACUAGGAAACCUUCAGUACAAUAUUCUCAAAAAUACCAAAAUGAAAUGUAAGCAUCAGCCCCAGGUUAAAGAACUCUCCUGGGGAGUUGAUUUAGAGAAGAACUUUCCCAAGUCUUUGUGUCAGUUUGACUACAUCAUGGCUGCUGAUGUUGUGUACUACCAUCCCUUCCUGGAGGAGCUGCUGCUUACCUUCCAUCACUUGUGUCAGGACAACACUGUUAUUCUCUGGGCCAUGAGAUUCAGGCUGGACACACAGAACCAAUUUAUGAGCAGAUUUCAGGAAUUGUUUGACCUGGAGGUAAUUUCCAAUUUCCCCAGUUUAAACAUAACAUUGUAUAAGGCAAUGAGAAGAGGCAAGAAGAUGAUGUGAUUUCCAACUUGAGUAUUAGAGUGUG